AUGAAUGGUUUCAACUUGGCUAGCCAAACCACCGCCCUCAAGCAGUCGGUGCUCGGCAAGCCCCAUCUCUUCGUGCUUGUCCACCUACCAUGGACCGUACUGCAGCCUCCGACCGCCUGCGGCAAGCAAUCUCGAUCCAGCUCGGAUGCUUCGUCUUUGUCCUCCUCUCGCAAGUCACUCUCGGCCGAUGGCCACAAAAACCCCUUCGUUAACUGCCUAGUCGUGAGUUGCCCUGCUAACCCACCCCAUUCAUCUCGCUGGUCUCGCUCGUUGGUCUCGCUCACUCGUUUGGCUGCUGGCCCUUUACUCACUCGUCCAUCUCACUCGUGCCUGCUCGCUCGCUCGUUGGCUUAG